UACUCACACGCGCCAGUUAGCCGGAUUUGCCUCUACCUCUGGUGGAUUCCAUGGGGAGCCUUCCAGCUCCUGUGCUCUAGUGACUAGUCCGCUGUUCCCCAUUUUCUCCCCAACAGCUCCACUGCAACCAUCCUGGAUGGAAACAAAAAUCCACACGUUGUAAUCCACCUCCAACCUAGACUGAUUGCCUUUCACUGACGCAAUCUUGCCCAGAUCGUUGCUGCAACAAUCACCGGGAAGCAUCUACUCACUGGACAAGCCCUUCAUAGUGCACCUACGCGACUCAGUAACCAAGUCUGGGUAGAACACAUUUUUUUAUUGCAAUUCUGGUUUGUUGGUACCGUAUCGCAUAGGUGUUUUCUUCUUGAGGCCAGUGAAGCUUAUUACAGAACCGUCAGCCUCUAGCGCCAGAGUGCAGAACGAGGCCGCAAAAUGUCUCUGCCACCGUUGUCCGUGGCGACUUGGUUCGCCAUCUGUACUGCAGGUCAAGAGACCAUCCACCGCUUUCAAACCCUUCUCAAGGAGUUCUGCUCUUUGGGUUGAGCCUCUAGGAGUAGAGCAAGCAAGCAUCAUUUCCAGUAGCAAGGGUUCUUUGUCUCCGCUUCCAAGUCUAUCCCUGUGACACCAGUUGUCGGCGUUCACAACGCGUCGUGGGAAUCUCUGGGGAGAUCUUUCACUCUCAUGUACGCCGUUCUAAACAUCACGGGCUGCAACUUCGACGUGUACAAGGAGUGCCAGAACAAGCUACCCUCGAUACUCUGCACGGUCACCUGCCAUCCCGACGAGGAGAUCACGGAGGCCGUCGCCAGGCAGCAGUGCAACGGCACUGGAUGCUGCUCCGUCACCGUCGACAGUGUUGCUGGCACCUCGCAGCUCCUGUUCAUCCUUCACAGGGGUGCCAAGCUCCGAGGUGAUGGAUCCAAGCACCCUAACCAGAGCUCCUUGUGGAACAGGAUCACUGUAACUGCAUCUCAGGUUAUGCUAUACUGGAGUAUUGUGGAUCGCCAGUCCUGUGCCAGUGCAAGGGUUAACAGGACCAGUUAUGCCUGUGUCAGCAACCACAGCAGGUGCUUCGACAGUUAUUGGUCAUCUUGUCAAGGUUACUUCUGCUUAUGCAGUACGGGGUAUCAAGGCAAUCCAUAUGUACCUGGUGGCUGCUCGCGAGACAAAGCAUACAACCCAGUGCAGCAAAAUCCAAACUGCACCCGGAGGUGUGGGAACAUCAGCGUUCCAUUCCCGUUUGGCCUGCAAGACGGGUGUUCCGCAAGGAAGCAAUUCCGGCUCAACUGCACGAAUGCAGCUAACUCCAUCCUCCAGGGGUAUGGCACCAGCCGUGUGGCGUACAUCAAUAUCAACGAGGGGCUCGUGGGCGUUGUGGACACCAUGAGGAAUGACCAAGACAUAGAUGAGAUGGAGGGCUCCGAUGGGCCCGUGCUCUAUGUUGGCAUCGAGGACUCGGACUCUUUGCAGUGGGCUGUCGCUCGGCAGACAUGCCAAGAGGCGCAGAAAAACAGUUCUGGGUAUGCUUGUGUUAGCAUCCACAGCAUCUGCCUGAGCGUCUUGUCGGAAAGUGGCUUUGUUGGUUAUCGAUGCAAAUGCGCAUCUGGAUUUGAAGGAAAUCCAUACAUUCGAAAUGGCUGUCAAGAUAUCAAUGAGUGCAACACAACGCCGAGCAUUUGUGGAGAAAAAGUAUGCCAUAAUAUUAUAGGAGGACACAAUUGCAUCGAGUGUCCUAAGGGAACAGGGUAUAGUACAAGAACAAUGCAGUGCACAUUGCUGCGAAAGCACACUCUUAUGGAAGGUAUUGUCAUCGGGCUUAGUGUUGGCUUUGGCAUUUUACUUAUUUGCUUAAGUGCAACAUUCCUCGUCCAUAGAUGGAGAACGGGCAUCCAAAAGCAAGUACGAAGGAAGUAUUUCCGGAAGAACCAUGGUCUUGUCCUAGAACAACUCAUAGCUUUAGAUGAGCAUGCAAGUGACAACAUGAAGAUCUUCACUUUGCAAGAGCUAGAAAAGGCAACAAACAACUUUGACCAUACACGUAUCCUUGGUCGUGGAGGGCAUGGCACGGUAUACAAAGGCAUUUUAUCUGACCAGCGUGUGGUGGCCAUAAAAAGGUCUAUGGUCAUUCAGCAAAAGGAGAUCAAACAAUUCAUCAAUGAGGUUGCCGUCCUUUCACAGAUAAACCACCGAAAUAUCGUAAAGCUUUUCGGAUGCUGCCUUGAAACUGAGGUACCACUAUUGGUGUAUGACUUUGUCCCUAAUGGUUCACUAUUUGACAUUCUCCAUUCAGGUUGCAGUAGUAGUUUCUCCUUGUCUUGGGAUGACUACUUAAGAAUUGCAAUGGAAGCUGCUGGAGCUCUCUCUUAUCUCCAUUCGGCAGCUUCAAUAUCAGUCUUCCAUCGUGAUGUGAAGUCAUCUAACAUACUCCUAGAUGCAAAAUACACUGCCAAAGUUUCAGACUUUGGUGCUUCAAGAUUGGUCCCAAUCGAUCAGACUCAUGUUGUAACAAAUGUACAAGGCACUUUUGGAUACUUGGAUCCAGAGUAUUACCAAACUAGGAAGCUAAACGAGAAAAGUGAUGUAUAUAGUUUUGGUGUAGUACUUGUGGAGCUACUUCUCAGAAGGGAGCCUGUUUUUACAACCGAGUCAGGCUCUAAGCAGAAUCUGUCCAAUUUCUUCCUUUUGGAGAUGAAAGCGAGGCCAAUUAGAGAGAUAGUUGAUGCUCAAGUUCGUGAAGAAGCAACUGAGGAAGAGAUAAACAAGAUUGCCUCCCUUGCGGAGACGUGCUUGAGACUCCGUGGAGAGGAAAGACCUACCAUGAAGCAAGUUGAGAUGGCAUUGCAGUUCCUGCAAAUAGAAAGGUCAGAUUUUUGCCACGUCGCUCCAGAAAACGACCAAGAGAUACAGGAGAUCGAACGUACAAGAGCUGAAGGCGCUGAAGCCAGUUGGCAACUGCUGCCUGUGAACAUGCGAAGCAGAGCUAAUUUGGCGGCCCAACAUAGCCGAAGGUGCUACAGCCUGGAGCGAGAGUUCAUGUCAUCUGCCGAGCUACCACGCUAAAUUUGUCCAUCAACUGUGCAGUGGAGGUAAUUUGCCUUGAUUUCUCAUAUUUUACUGGUGAUGCACUUGCUCCUUGAUAAUGAACUUGAAAAAGUUGUUGCAAUGUGGUACAAGCAUUCAUGGCAAGCCUAUCCUUUUAUAGCAGUUACAUACUUCUUGGCUCAACUGUUAAAUUGCGCUAUGUAUCUACUUAGGUGUUCAUUGAGUAACUAAACUGGUUAGGAAAUGCUACUGAAUGCUAUCUGUAAUAAAUCAAAAGCCGAUGAAUGCUUGUGUUGCUUUGCCAAUCGAAAAACUUUGAUGUAUGGGUCCA